AUGAGUGACAGGCGAUGUUUUGAGUCACUUGAUAAAACACUGAGGGAUAUACUAGAUAAUUCAUGUGAUCCUUUCGGUGGAAAAUCAGUAUUGUUAGGCGGCGAUUUUAGACAGACACUUCCUGUUAAACCAAAGGCUACAAAGUCUGCCAUCAUUAAUUCAUCCUUGCCCAAAUCAUAUUUAUGGAGUUGUUUCAAAGUGAUGAAGCUAACUGAAAAUAUGCGGCUUCAUCGACCUAAUCUAAGUAGCAAGGACAAAGCGGACAUCGCGUGGUUUUCUUCAUGGCUACUCGAUGUUGGUGAUGGUAAGAUAGGUGAACCUAUUGUAGAAAACGACUCCGACAGUAAAAAUAUAGAUAUUCCAUGGGAGUUUCUUGUGCCCUUUUAUGAUAAUUCUUUGUCUGAGCUUAUUCGAUUCAUUUACGAUGAAGACACGCUUCGCAAUCCGACAAUAGCAAAGUUCUCAGAUAAAGCUAUCGUCUGCCCUAAAAAUAAAACAGCUGAUGAAAUCAACAACUUAGUCCUCAGUAUGUGUGAAGACUCAACUGUAACCUACUUAAGUUCAGAUUCAAUGAUCCCACACGCAAAUGAUAGAGGAGAUACCGAAAUGCUUUAUCCAGUCGAAUACCUUAACGUCUUAAGUUUCAGCGGAUUACCGCCACAUCGUUUAGACUUGAAAGUCAACACUCCGAUAAUUUUGCUGCGAAACAUUAAUCAGACUUCAGGCCUCUGCAAUGGAACAAGGCUAUUAAUAUCUAGAUUAUUACCAAAGAUCAUUGAGGCUCAAGUUAUAACUGGAAUUGCUGUAGGAAACUGCUAA